CUUCUACCGGUCUCGCGAAUAUCAAAACCUCGACAUGCAGGAGUUGCAUGGUAUUGGAUCCUUUCGUCGAGCAACGGAGUCGCGAUAGAUGAUCGGAUUGCCACAGCUGCGCGUACGAAACGCGUGGGACAAACAAUGCUCUUAUGACACAGCCCGCUACCCUUGGAAUUUGAAUCUACAAAAGAGCUCAGAAACACUGCGACUAUAUCACAUAGCAAGCUUCCUGCCUUUCAUUCACGGCUUGACUGAUCGACACUCACGUCUUCGCUUCGGAGUUCAAUACAGUCAACAUGAGCCAUCCACCUCCACCUCCGCCGGCCCCUAUGCCUAUGUAUGGAAUGCCUCCUCACAUGGCUGGUCCCGUUCCUAUGAACGGACCCAUGCCCAUGGGCAAUGGCAUUCCUUCUGGAGCCAUGCCCCCACCCUACGAAUCUCGCGGCCAAAACGGCAAAUCACAGGGAGCCAGAGGAUCGGGGAACAAAGACUCGCAUUCCAAAGCCACGACUUCGGUGAAGCCGUUUCCCACCACUAUGACCUACUGGCUACUCGAGAGGAAGCCCAAAGCCCUCCUCAAGCCGGGCCAGGACGUCUCCUGGGAGUUUUCGACGUCUUCCAAGAUUGGUCUCCCAGACCCCGACAUCGAGAAGAUCUAUGCGAAAUAUCGCGCCAAGUGCGAGAGGGACGGACGGAAUAUCUCUCACGACCUCAAGGCUCUGACGCAGCACUUUCGACGCAAAGCCAUCGAUGAUCUGCUCAGGAGAGAGCAAGAAAGGGACCCCCAUCCACAAGCCGAAUGGACGAUCGCGGCGCUGAUGCUGUCUAAGAGACCCAUACAUUGGGGAUCUCGUCAUGAAGAAACGACGGCGAUGCGAGUGAUCCUGAGUCGCUGUCACAACCCUGCUCUCCCUGCGAAGCCUAAACCUACUGCCGCCACCACUAAGGACGGCGUCAACAGAGCAACAUCUGGUGCCAAGGCCCCGAAGCCUCCUGUCAAGAAGAGGGACUAUGAUAAUGAUGAUGAUGAUGAUGAUGCCCUGUCAUCUGACGAUGAUGUCGUCCAUGUCCGCCCGUUCCCCUCGAUGGGCGCAGGCCAGUUCCAUCCUCAGUCGAUGCCUCCUCAGAUGCAGGGCCCGCCCGCAUUUGGUGGUCAAGGCAUGCCUCCGCAAGGAAUGCCUCCGAUGGGGAGACCUCCUCAGAAUAUGCCUCUAUCUCAGGGUAUGCCACCUCAGGGUAUGCCUCCCCAGGGAAUGCCUCCUCAGGGAAUGCCUCCUCAGGGAAUGCCACCACAUCAAGGCAUGCCGCCUCAGGGUAUGCCACCACAUCAAGGUAUGCCUCCUCAGGGCAUGCCAUCACAUCAAGGCAUGCCGCCUCAGGGCAUGCCACCACAUCAAGGUAUGCCGCCUCAGGGUAGACCUCCAUCUCGUGGUAUGCCUCCUCAGGGCAUGCCUCCUCACAACAUGCCUGGUAUGCCACCACAUCAAGGUAUGCCGCCACAGGGUAUGCCUCCUCAGGGCAUGCCUCCUCAGGGUAGACCACCAUCUCGAGGUAUGCCACCACAUCAAGGCAUGCCACCACAUGAAGGUAUGCCACCACAGGGCAUGCCACCACAGGGCAUGCCACCACAGGGCAUGCCGCCUCAGGGUAUGCCUCCUCAGGGCAUGCCUCCUAAUAACAUGCCGCCACAGGGUAUGCCUUCUCAUAACAUGCCUCCUCAGGGUAGACCACCAUCCCGAGGUAUGCCACCACAUGAAGGUAUGCCACCACACCAAGGUAUGCCGCCUCAGGGUAUGCAUCAAGGGACCAGACCCAAUACCCCUUCAUAUUUGCAAGAGCCAAUAAACCCUUUCAUACCGGCCCCGUAUCUCGAUGUCCCCAUCCGAGAAGCCAGAGCGACAGACGAUCGACCAAGUGCGCGCAGAGCCGGUCCUAAUGCUGUACAUAUGAACCGUGAACAGACACCUGUACGUCGUCAUAGUCGCGGUCGCUACCGAUCUGGAGAUGGCGCGACUAGUUCAUCUUCAAGCGAUGAUGAGACUUUCAGCAUGGAAGGCGACUAUGACUCCCGCAGAGGCCGAACUCACCAUAAGUCCAAAUCACGACGCUUCGAGGGUGCACCCUUCGUGCCCAAGUCUAGCGAGGUUCAUAAAAAAUCAAAGCGCUCUCGUGAGAGGAGCUUGGAACGGGUGGCAAGAAAGCUUCUCAGUGAGCGAAUGAGUCCCUCGAUCGAUCGGAAGCAUAUCAAAGAUGUCAAAAGAAAGGUUGCCGAUUGGCAACAUCGUUACCCAGACACCACCAGCACGGACUCGGCUUAUGGCUCUGGCAAUUCAGUCUUCUCUCAGCCGGGCGAGACUGCCAGUACUGCGCCUUCCAGCUUCGAGGAUAUACCGCGUAUCCCGUCGCUCCAGCGACGUAUGAGUGAACGUGCGAGACCCAUGGUCUCGUCGAUGCGACCAACUUACAAAAUCCAACACAGACCACCAGCCAUGCUCCCCGCCCCCUCGCCUCCACGACACAGACCUCAGACCUACUAUAUGCCACGAGAUGAAUACGGCAUUGAGGACUAUCCGCCGGUGGACGAUUAUCCGCCAGGUGACCACUACAGAGGUCGGCCUGUAGCCGGGGAGCCCCGGCCCAGAGCCUUGUCACCUGUCUUUCGCCGCGGUCAUGUAGGCGAACUGCCAUUCGAUCGAUUAAGCCUCCAUGACCGGGCGCCUCGCUCGGAGCACCGCCACAGGGACGCUGCGAGUGAAUAUGGAAGGGAUCGUAGGGACAGAGCGAAAGAGGCGAUUGAAUACUUGGUGGACCAGACGCGCCGGAACAGAUCGAUUGAACGACUUCAGAACCGGAGAGCGUAUGAGGAUGAGCACGUCAGAUCCGGUCGGUAUGGUGUCGCCGGACGAUAUAGCAGACAUUGAUGUGGUCACUUCUGUGCAACUUUUCCUUCUCCUUCUUCUUCUCCUUCUUGUACAAUCUGUUUUUCUAUGUCUAUGUUUACGUCCAUCUUUCCUAUGUUUAUGUUUGAGAGAUACCCUGCCUGGCACUGAUGGAGACCUUCAGUGCAUGAAAAAAAACAUGGUGCAAAUUUGUAAAUCACAGUAUAGUGUGUAUUUUAAUUUGGGAGGCAUUAAUUGAGUUAGCGGCCACUUGGGCGGUCUAAUAAUAAUAUAUUUGUGUUGUUUUGCUCCCAACUGGAGAUGUAGCUGUGUGAAGUCUAGUAAGCGCGAAGAGUAAAAAGACUCGACGAUUUGUAGUUCAUGGUUUCCAGGAGUGAUGGUAUACCAAGAAAGUGAUAUUCAACCUGAGCCAAUAUAGUACGUAGUGGUGGGGCACACGC